AUGAUUUCGAAUUAUUGUUUCGUUUUUAUUACAUUUGUUUUAUUCAAAUAUUCACAGUCAUUACAAUCAGGUUAUACAUGUGAAACAUCAGUUACAUUAACAUGUCCUGAAGGAAAAAAAUUAAUUAUAUUAGAAGUAACAUAUUCAUCAGAAUGUCCGAGUCCAGAUGAAGAAAAAACUGGUGGGGUUAUUUAUGCACCAUCUCGUUGUAUUGGUUAUUAUCGAGAACGUGCAAGUACUUUAUGUAAUGGACAACAAACAUGUACAAUUGAUAAUAGUCUUGAACAACGACCAACAUUUCUUGUUGGUAAACAAGCUAAUUGUGCAUUUACAGGUCAAAGUAUUAAUAUUGAUUAUUCUUGUGUACCUGAUUUUUAUUCGAGUAAAUUACCUCGUAUUGAUAUAUGUUCAUUACAAUCACUUCAUGGUCUUACGGAAGGUUUUAUUCAUACACCAAAUUAUCCAAAUGGUUAUCCAAAUAAUCGUGUAUGUUCAAAGACAGUACCAUCACCUGAUGCUGGUUAUCGAUUGAAAGUUUAUGCUCUUGAUUUUGAUCUUGAAGGUUUUAGUAUACUUCGAUUUUUUGGUAUUAAACGUAUUAAUGAUUGGUUUCAAAUAAAUAAUAGUGGAGAAAAAAUGUGUGGUACAUUAUCUCCAUAUACACUUCUAUUUGAUGAUGUUAUUGAAGCAUCAUUAAUGUUUAAAUCUGAUUUUGCUAAUACGAAACGACCAUACAAGGGUUUCUUACUUUAUUUUAUUGUUACACCAAUUCGUGGUCCUCGACCAUCUACUACAACAACAACAACAACAGAACAAACAUCAAGUAUUAAUCCAGUUAUACUUUCAAAUAAUAAUGAUCAAUCAACAGUUUUAAGUGAAUCAAAAAUUUCUGCUCUUAAAUCAAAUGAUCGACGUCAAAAUAAUAUUGGUCUAACUUUACUUGUUGUUCUUUUAUCUGGCAUUCUUUUUGUUGGUUUCUGUGCAUUUAUACUUUAUAAACGUCGUAAUGAUCGUCGUAUUCGUUAUUUAACUGAUAUGUUCAAUUCAUUUUUUCCUGUUCGAUCAAAAAAUAUCAAACUUAAUACAACAGAUAAUAAUGAUGAAACAAGAUUAAAUAAUACAGUACAAUCAAAACUUGAUUUAUCAUCAAUGAAUAAUGAUGAAAAAUUUAAUAAAAUGAAUGUUUAUGAUGAAACAUUUCUUCAAACACCAAGAACCAAACAUGUAAAUAUAAAUGAAAAACGUGAAAAUCAAGAAAAACAAAUUUUUAUUGAAAAUCUUAAAACAUGUCCAUCACCAUAUUCAUCAUAUCGACGUUCCGAUAAUAAAUUUAAUUCUAAAGAACAAAUUAAUAAUGAAAUAACCAAAAAUUCAAAUAUUUAUUCACAAGAUCCACUUGUUAAAAGCAAUUCUUUAGAAAAUAUUGAUAAUAAUACAUUUCAUUAUGAAUAUAUUGAUUUAAAUCAACAACAACAACAACAACAACAUCAACAAUCAAUUGAAGAACCAAAGCAAGAAGAAAUUAUUUAUGAUGUUAUUAAUCCAAAUAAUGAACGACCCGUUCAUCAACAAACAGAUUAUGAUUCUGUUAUGUAUGCAAUACCGAAAGAUGUUUGA